CCAUUUUUGGUUCCAGGUAUAACCCUUUGGGGAAAAUGUUAUACAUGGAACCAAAAGGGGUACUACCUGGAACCAAAAAGGGAUCUCCUAUGGGGACAGCCGGAGAACCCCUUUAAGUAGAUAGUACCAUUCUUUCUAAGAGUAGAGUUGGUCUGGGCUACAGUUUAUUGAUAUAGUCAUAGACUGAAUUGUAGUGUUUCAAGGCAUUGUUAAUGAUGGUUGAUGAGUAUUACAAUAUAAUUAGUAGAGCAUAAUAUACUGUAAUGAGGUAGAUAUAUGAGUAGAUAUAAUAUGUGGGUGGAAUUCAAUUUACACACAAUAUUGAUAAUUAUUUUGAAUUAUAUUUUAGAUUCUUGGCGACAGGGGAAUCCUACAGGACCAUUGGAUUCAGCUUCCGAGUUGGACAGUCCACGGUGGCAGGCAUUGUCCUCUCUGUGGCACAAGCCAUUUGGGACUGUCUGGUUGGUGAAUACAUGCCUGUCCCCAAGGAGGAAGACUGGAGGGCCAUCGCUGCCGAGUUCCUGGAGAGGUGGAAUUUCCCCAACUGUCUUGGCUCCAUUGACGGGAAACAUGUAGUAAUCCAGGCUCCACCCUGCUCAGGUUCGCAAUUCUACAACUACAAGGGUACAUAUUCAGUUAUACUCUUGGCUGUAGUAGAUGCCAUCUACUGUUUCCAUGUUGUCGAUGUUGGUGCUUACGGCAAGGGAAGUGAUGGCGGGACCCUCCGGGACUCUGCCCUCGGCCAGGCACUUCAGGAUGGCACCCUGGAGAUUCCACCACCUGCAUCACUCCCUGGAGCUGAAGACCUGGGACCUGUUCCCCACAUCUUCGUCGGCGACGAGGCCUUCCCUUUAAGACCCAACCUCAUGAGGCCCUACGCUGGACGCCAGCUGCCAUUGCCAAAGCCUGAGCCGCUCCGGAUGGAGAUGGGCACGCCAAAUGGUCACCUACCUGAUGUCACCAGGGCAGGUGCCAACAACGCCCCCAACAGGCACUCCAGGUGAGGGAGAAGCCGACCACCUACUUCUCAUCGCCAGCAGGUGAAGUCCCAUGGCAGUAUGCCGUGGAGUGAAACUGCUCUUUUAAGAGCCCCCUAACACAAAGGUUAUUUUAAGAACCAUCCACCGUUGUCCAUAAAGUUGCAUUUUUCCCCCAGAUUACUUUAUGUAUCAUUGUCUCUCUUCCUUUGGAAGUUAUAUUUAAGUGAAAUUUGGGAGUAAAGACCACACCUUAAUAACCCCUUCCCUCUCCCAUUAACGUCAUUAUUAUACACACCUGGCAUGGUACAUCAGGUGAGCAGGAGCACUUAUUAAGGUUAUACGACAUACAGUUAGUAUGAUAACAAAGGGAAAGGGUAACCUAGGGUCCAUACAAAUAAUACAGUUUACCACCAUGUUCACUGGCCUGACA